AUGUUUGCCUUCUUGGCUAUUUGCAUUGCCUUAACUGUGGCAGGACCUCUUCCCCACAAGGAGCACAAUGGUGGUCAUGGACAGGCUACCAGUUAUGCCGUUGUAACCCAACAUAAUGAUAACGAAGUUGUUAAAUACGACGAUCAUGGAUUUGCCGAACAAGUCAAAUAUCAUGGUGGUAAUGAUGGUUAUCAUGGCCACGAUGAUCAUUACGGACAUGGAGGUGAACAUAAUGGAGAUUAUAACAGACAUCCUAAAUAUGAAUUUGCAUAUGGUGUGGAAGACCACAAAACUGGUGAUAUCAAAGAACAAUGGGAAUCCAGAGAUGGUGACAAAGUGAAGGGUAGCUAUUCCCUUAAGGAAUCGGAUGGCACAACUCGGUUGGUAACAUAUACUUCCGAUAAGAAGACAGGUUUCGAGGCAACGGUUCAUAAAAUUGGUGAAGCCAGCCAUGAUUACUCGGAUGCUGAAUAUUCUCAUAAACAUGGACCUCUGCCAUACAAACACCAAUUUGAUGGCCAUGGAAGCGAACAUAAUGCAGAGGCUACCAGUUAUGCCAUUGUAACCAAACACGAUGAUAAGAACGGUGGUGCACAUGGCGAACAUGGAGGAUAUAACCAACAUGAUGAACAUUAUCAUGCUGGCAAUGGUCAUGGACAUGAUGAUGAUCAUGCCGAAUACAACUCUCAUCCUAAAUACGAAUUUGCAUAUGGUGUUGAAGAUUCGAAAACUGGUGAUAUUAAAGAACAAUGGGAGUCGCGACAUGGCGAUAAAGUUGAAGGUAGCUACUCAUUGAAGGAAUCCGAUGGUACAACACGUAUUGUUAACUAUACCUCUGAUAAGAAGAAAGGUUUCGAGGCCACCGUGCAUAAUAUUGGUCAGGCCCAUGGCGAUUCUACCAAAGGUGCUGAAUAUCAUGGUCACUAUGGUCAUUAA